UUUUUUUAUUCACUUUAUUUUUUUGUAUUUUUAAUUCCUAAUAUCAGGUAAGAUAAACAAGUAACAUUUUAAAGUCUGUGCAUUUUGUAAUUAAUUUCUUCAUGUAGCCAAUCAUAUGAGCUCUGUAACGUCGCUUCGAAGAAAAGAUAACAUGUGGAUAUACAAAAAUCCACAAGGUUUACAAUUAUUAAAUGACGUAUGUAUCACUAGACAGUCAGUAUAGUACAUAGAAAAAUAUUGAAACUUGUCUAUUAGGAGCUCGAGCAAAGAAGAAAGAAAAGGUUUGCCAGAGGACGACCCAACACAUCGAUGCUGUCACCGCCUCUAUCACCACAGCAACACCACAGAUCCUUCGGAAAGGAUCCGAUAGAGGCAAUCAUACCGAUAGCAAAGAAAAACAUAUCCAUAAUAAGAAAGGACACACCGGAACCACUGAGCCCGUCAGACACACAGCCACGGUCACCUGUCGAAGCAAUACAGGAUGCACAAGAUAAUUUGACGUCACAAAAACUCAUGACAGCGAAGAAUUUAUCGCAUCAAGAAUCUAUCGUCACAGAAGAAAAUAAACAUAUUACCAUUAAAAAGGAAGAUACCCCGAUUACACCACAUAUGAGAUACGAACAGAAGUCAAAUGAAGGAAAGAAACAAAUAGCCAUCAGCAGUACUGUACAGGAAAAGAAAGAUGCUUUAAAGCAAUGUGUUAUGCAGGACAAGCAAAUACGAGUGCCACCUUCAUCCACUACAGUGGUCUCGCCUAUCAGAGUGACUUCGCGCACGAACAUCGCUUCUCCUACACAAAGUGAAUUAUUCGAUAGAGCCACUUCACCCACAAAGGGCACUUCGCCUUCAAAAAUAACAUCUUCAACUAAAAUGGCUUCACCAACUAGAGCGGCUUCACCAGCUAGAGCGGCUUCACCAACUAGAGCGGCUUCACCAAUUCGAGCAACUCCACCCCCUCCUAAGCGAGUUACUUCAUCUAUUCGAGUACCUUCACCGACUAUAAAAAUGUCUUCAUCCAUUAAAACAUCCUCUCAACCCGUACGAGUCCCUUCCGCUUCUAAACCUGAAAACAACUUUCUGCUAGAAGCCAAACAAAAACUUUUUUCUAAUCAACAGCCAAAGGCCAAUUCUGUACGAAAGUCUCUUCCAGACGCGCCCAAAAGAAGCGGCCUCGUAUCUUCGUUUAUCUCAUCGUUUGAAACACCACUAGUCGAGAAAUCUGUAAUGGACUCACCACCCAAACCACCAAGACAUGUUGUGAUGCCCUUAACCCCUACAAGCUCUGUUUCCACACCUUUGAGUCCACCUGCUGUUGAAAAUAUUGUGCCAGUGUCCUCGUCGUCCACAAUGUUGCCGUCAUCUGAUUCUUAUUUCUCAGCUGUGAUUGACCGUCGUUUUAAUGCAACACCCACCGAAGAUCAAGAUGAACCUAUUCAGGUAUAUCUCCCUCAACUCUCACCUGAGAUAUCUUUUUGUGGCAGCUCAUUAGACGUGCCUUCCGAUGAUGAAUACCUUCCUCAGGAACGCCCAUGCAUAAAAAAACGAGUUUCGUUCUCCGAGCAAUUGUCAACAUUUAUUCCAGAGGACGAUGCCAGUGUGAUCACCGAAGAAGACAGUAAUCCCAUGAGCAAUUUUGUUCGUACGUUAAGUAGCGAAUUGGCCGAUAUCAGUAUGCAAUAUGGUGGAGAUCCCCGCGAAAAAUUCUUACCGGCUAUCCAAAAGAAAGAGGUCAGCCCACAAAAAUUAUCCAACAAAUUGCUGGAUAUGUUUCAAAAAAAGCCAAAGGUGAUUCUACAGCCUAAUAGAGAAUUGACACAUCCAACAAAAACUCGACCCAGAAAACCAGCAAGUUUAAAAAAGCCUACAACAUUAACAUAUCCUGCAGCCAUUGCACAACCUGACUGGAGAACAAGAGCGCUUCUUACCAAGAAAUCAUCUGUAUUUAUAUAAAUUAUCCCUCCCCCACAUGCACCCAUAAAUAAAAACCAGUUUUUGUGUAUUUGUCGUAUGUCCUUUUUGUUUUUAUUUACAGAAAUAUCCUCUUUAGUUCUCCUUGGGAGUGACGUCUUGAACGCCAGGAAGGGCAGCAGGUAAAGGAACGUCACUGAAAUCAUCCUGCUUAACAGCAUAAAGAGAAUAUCCAUAAACACUGCCAGUGAAGGUCAAGAGACCGACUAAAGUAAUCAUGUUACGGAGAGCAAAAGGUGCACGGGUUCUUUGCAAGGCAGGACUGAAGCCAUAACCCUUUGAUGUAGAAUAAAGUUUUUCACGAGUAGGUUGAUGUUCCAUGUUAAAAUAUUGUAAAUCAAGAAAGAAAGAAAAAAAAAAACUGGCCCUUGCU